GGUGGAAGAUUAUAAAUGCGGCCAUGGUGGAAAAAGCUCGCUGUUUUGAUCGAGAUUGUAACGGUCCUCACUUCCCCAGGCAGCCCGCUCCCUCUCAGUCUGCAGUCCGCCUCGUUCUCCACGUCCAAGAUGAACAGAAUCAUUUUCGUCCUUGCAGCUGGAUUCUGCUUUGCCCUCGCUCAAGGCCUCAAGUGCUACAAAUGCAGCAUUGGAUUAGGUGACCUUUGCUUAACCACGGAAACCGAGUGCAAGAGUGAAGAGCAUUGCUUCAGUGGUGUCGGGAAAGCAGCUAAAUUCGUGGACAUCAAAAUGAAGGGCUGUCUCAAAGUGGAUGAUUGCAACAAGACAAAAGAUGUGACCUUGCCCGGCAGCGACAACACCACCAUCUACAAGAUGACCAAGACUUGCUGCGACAGCGACCUGUGCAACGCGGCCCCCGGCCUGCCCGGCCUGUCCGGGCUGAGCCUGGCGCUAGCUGCCAUUUCUGCUCUGUUUGCAACUAACCUUCUGAUUUGAAAGAAGACAAAACAACUGAUUAAAAAGUUAAUUAAAAAGUGCAUCUAUAGAUAAAUCACUACUGUACCAACAUAAGUUGCUACUACAAGAGUUGAAUUUAAGUACUCAGCCACGAGCUGUGUGGAUAUGUAACCAAAACUUUUCUUUUCUCAUGUUUACUGUCUUGGAGGGGUAUUAUAUUUUUGCUUUCAUAAGUUUUUAUAUCAGUUAAACUAAUUUCACUCUUGUAUUUUUGUAUUUCUGUAUGUAUCGGUUCUAAUUGUAGCGUUGUAAAUUAACUGUUGGCUGACAAAUAAGUCCUAAAUGAGUGUGGAAGAUGACCAUAGCUGAGUCACAUGUUGGACAUUUGCUUGAAUGUAAAGAAAACUAUAAAAGAAGGAACCAUGUUGCCAAGUUGGUAAAAAGAUGGAGACCACUCAUACUUUUGUUGGGUUGAUAUGAAGCUACAGUUGCCAGUUGGCUCAGCUAUUUGUAGUGUAGAAACUGGAAAAAUAAAGGAAACUGAUCGGGUAAAAGAAAAUGCUUUUUUAUUGAGUGCACUCACAACACUUACCGUUUAUUCAAAGUGAAAUCAACUUCUUUGGUCACAAAUUAAUGAAACCAUUUGACAGGUAUGUGAUUAAUUUCCAUACAGGUUGUUAGCUUGACUAGCCAAACCAGCUUCCAAAUCAUACAACUUUUCUUUUUAAUUUAUUGCCUUUUUAUCCACCUUACUGUCAUAUGACGGUAUGCAAAUUAACUUUUUUAACGUUUUAACGUUAAUCCUUUAAAUGUCAAAUAUUUGUGGUUGUUUUAGCAUAACUUAACAGUGAGUUUCUUUUUCUUAGGCUCUGUCUUUCUGCAUUUGUUUUCUGUGUUGCCCCUUUUUUUCUUUUCAAUUUUCAAAAAUGAAGAAAUAAAAAAAUGGCUCCAGCGCUUCUAUUAUACUGAGCUUUACAUACACAAUAACACAUGGGGAUGAUGCAUAACCGAGAUUAAUCUGUCACUUAGAAUCUUAAAAAGUGACGCCUUCCCUAGAUUGGCUCUUUUGCUUUUAUUUAUGUACAAAACAAAUAAAAAGAAACCUGUCAUGCUCUC